UGUAUUUGCAGUUUGUAAUCUACGCUAAUUGUGCUGAACAAUCUAAAAUUUGCAGUGGUAGAAUAUUUUACAGUUUUUAAGUUAGUUUAGUUAGUGACAUCAAUACGUUGCCUAAGUACUGAUUAUUUUGGACUCCGCAUCAACAAAUUCAAAAAAAUAAUGAAUGAAUUAAAAAGAGUUUUAGUUUUAUAUGCUGGUGGAACUAUUGGAAUGCAGAAAAAUUUUAACGGGGUAUUGUGUCCUAAACCAAAUGCAUUUCUGAAUGAAAUUAAACACCACCCUGAUCUGCACGAUCCGAAUUGGACAAUUGAAGAAUUAGGGAAAAAACUGGAAUUUAACGAAUUAGUUCUUCCCAAAAAUUAUGGUCACCAGAAGAUAAUAUACGAAAUAAUAGAGUACACUCCUUUACUGGACUCAAGCAACAUGAGCUGCAAAGACUGGAUUAGAUUGGCCAGUGAUAUUGAGUAUCAUUACAAUAACUACGAUGGGUUUGUCAUCCUACAUGGCACAGACACUUUGGGAUACACAUCUUCUGCUUUAUCUUUUAUGCUAGACGGUCUACAAAAGCCAGUUAUAGUCACAGGAUCCCAAAUACCGAUUUUCGAAAGCAGAAGCGAUGCUAGAGACAAUUUUGCAGCGUCCUUAGUGAUAGCCGGCUUGUUUGAUAUACCAGAAGUGUGCGUAUUCUUCGCCAAUAAAUUAUUUAGAGGCAAUAGAGUGGCCAAAAUCAGUACGAAUUCAUUGGAUGCCUUCGAUACUCCCAAUUAUCACCCUUUAGUUGAAGUUGGUAUUGGUUUCUCGAUUAAUGAACAUUACAUUAGAAAAGUCGACUAUAAUAAACCAUUUAAAGUUUAUACUGAUUUAAAUCCGAAUGUGGCAGUUCUGUCUUUCUUUCCAACAAUAACAUCUGAAAUGGUAGAAUCCUUCUUGAGGUUACCUCUGGAAGGUGUGGUGAUACAAAGCUUUGGAACUGGAAAUGUCCCGUCGAAACCCAGGGGUCUUCUAGAAGUGCUCAAACAAGCAGUACUUAGGAACACAUUAAUCGUUAAUAUAACUCAGUGUUCGAAAGGAACUGUUAUUUCUUCUUCAUACGAAACCGGAAAGGUAUUAGAUGAAAUAGGAGUUGUUUCGGGUGAGGAUAUGACAGUAGAAGCUGCUCUGACAAAAUUGACUUACGUUCUGGGAUUACCAGGAUUGUCGUUUUCACAACGAAUUGCGGUAAUAUUAAAUAUUUCAUUUACUUACUUAUUAUUUUUACCGAAUUGUAUACAUAUUAGGUUUAAUUUAAUUUCAUAGCUAUUAUUUUCUUUUUAGCUUAUGAAGACAGAUUUAAGAGGAGAGAUGACGACAGGACAAAUACUGAUUUAAUCAAGAAAGUUUGGAUGAAAAUGGUACCUAGUUAAGGCUUGAUUUGUACAGGCAUAAUAUUUAAUAUUAUUAUAGUGAAUAUUAAAGAAACAUAUCUACUUUUAGUUUUAAAUUACACUGUAAAUAUUUUUUAUAUGUAGAAAAUAUAGAUUAAGAAUU